AUGUCAUCUUACCGGACAUCGUCCCGAGAGCCAUCGCCGUUACAAAUGCAGGAGUAUCCACCCCCAACUAUCCCGCAUGGAAGCAUCUCUUACCGGGACUCAUCGCCCGAACCAUCUCCCUUGCACAUGCAGGAGUACGCGCCCGCCAGUAUAUCAUAUGGAAGUAUGCAAUCACUUCAAGCGGCUUCGCGAGAACCAUCACCUUUGCCGACACAGGAAUAUGCGCCAUUGCCCAUGGCCCAUGGAAAUGUCUCAUCUUUCCAAGGCCCAUCCAGAGAACCAUCUCCGUUAUACAGACAUGAGCAACCUCCCGCACUUGAUCGACAUGGAAGUUAUUCACCCUACCGUGUUGCAUCUCGUGAACCAUCUCCACUGCAGAUGCAAGAAGAGCGUGAGGACUCCCCACCCCCGCCUCCGCCGCCUCCCCACCGUUUUACUGUCAGUCGUACGCAAACCCGUUCUCCGGGGCCCCCGAUGCACUCUCAGUUACGAAGCCACUCGCCGCAACCUCCAAUGCAUCAACUAAGAAGUCAUUCGCCGCAACCUCCUAUGCAUCAAUCAAGAAGUCACUCGCCGCAACCUUCAAUGCACCAACCACGGAGUCAUUCGCCGCAGCCACCCAUGCAUCUAUCACACGGUCGGACACCCUCUCCUCAGCCGCAUCCUCACUCGCGGCAAUCGCGUUCCCCUGCGCCAUUGGUAAUGAAUGACCGCUACGUGAUAUUUGAUCGCACUCCAUCUCCAUCCGCGGCCUCGACACAUUCUGCGCUUUCUGCAAAUUCAGCACAGUCAGACAUAAAUGGAAACACUCCAUCUCCACUUAGGGAUGCAAUGGAGGAUGUGAUGACUUCAUUAGAAGACAUGGGUCUCCCACGCGACGUCCAGUCCACCUCCCCAUCACCACAGUUCAAUAAUCCCUGGGCCCCAGAGGAAUUUGACACAUCACACGAAAGAACCCCACAGCCUAGCAAACGUCGGCCGUUAACCUCAAUGGGAUUUGAUGGAAAUAAAGAACAGCCCCCAGGCGGACUCGGUCACCGAAACAGCGUUUAUAGCCAUGAUCACUAUAUGGAUGGGCCGCCCCAGCUUAACAAUUAUGUUCAAAGGAUGGAGAGCCGGCUGCGUCAGUUAGAAGAUCAAAAUCGAUCAUCCGAAGACCCCAAGCCCGUCCAAGAUGACGAUGAUGGGCCGCCUCCACCACCUCCGAAACAUGCUACCUAUCAUCCGCGAAAUAACUCUCUGCCAGGAGGACACUACCCUCACUUGAAGAAUCGACGUUCCGGUCAGAAUCUCCGGGGAGACAUUCUCAACCGAACCUUUACCAAUAAGUCCAGUGCCACCAAUUCUUCAAGCGGAGUUCAAAGUAAUGGCACAUCCAUGACUACCAGCACAGACAAAACCAGUCAAAGUCUCAUGAGUGGAUUUUCAGCAGGAGGCUUUAGUGCGACGAGUGCCGGUAGCUUUGCCAGACGAGGGGGAAACGAGAGGCCGAACACCGCCAUGGACACUAUACGCUCUCGGGGGUUCAGUGACGCGCGCCCGGAAACACCCUUCACUGGGGUUUCCUAUCACUCAAGCCACAAUUCGUCUCGCCAAGGAGCAUCGUCAGCGAUUCCUUGGUCGUCUACAGUCGAUCAGACGGACCACAGUGCAAUUUUUGGAGGCCUCUCUACCCCCAAGACAAAGAAGCCAGGGUUCUUUAAGAAGAUCUUCGAAACUGCGAAGACUGGUGCGGCCAGCGCGAGAAGUAGCAUUUCAGCUCACGGCGACAGAACUGGAUCUCCGACCAAGAGCCAGAGAAGCAUUGACGGAAUAUCACCACAUCUCACGUCUCGGUCCAAUCGCGACAGUGCUCGCGAUAUGGCCGGAACUAGUACGAUUGAUUGGGUUCAAGUCCGCCGAGAUGUUAAUCGCGCCUCAUCUCCCAGUCGGAAUGAGAGAGUUGAGAGGGCAGAGCGGUGUCAGAUGCACGAUCACCCUGUGAUUUACUCCGUUGAGGAAUUGUACGAUACUGCGGAGGGCGAGGAAAGCAUCGAUGGGCAGCCGAUCACUGAGCCCACGAAUUUCAAUACAGCCAAUCUCAACCUAGUUGACAAAAGCGCACGCUUCAUCAGCAGUCUCCCGCCAUUGACGAACCCUAUCAGUCUUGCACAGGCGUACAUUUGCCGACCCUACAAGAGCGAUGUCCAGCGUCUCCGGGCCAUUUUUACAUGGGUCAGCGAGAAAAUCUCGUGGGAGGAACCCGUUGAUGGCCUCGAAGUUGACAUGAAAAGACUGUUACAGGCUAAGCGGGGAACCCCAGAGGAAAUCGCGUUGUUGGUGCAUGAGAUGUGCGCGGCUGUCGGCCUCCACACAGAAAUCAUCCGAGGAUUCCUCAAGAGCCCUGGUGACGUCCUCGAUUUGGACAGCCUUUCCCGUCCAAAUCACUGGUGGAAUUCUGUUCUCGUUGAUGGCGAAUGGCGCUUUAUGGAUUGUGCACUUGCAAAUCCCACAAACCCCAUGCGAAGCAAGUUUGUUUCCAACAACUCUUCCAUAGCAGAGAGUUGGUACUUCCUCACGCGUCCCCUUGAUCUCUGCUACACCCACGUCCCGCAAUAUCCAGAAGAACAACACAUCUGCCCUCCCAUCUCACCAGAUGUUCUACUCGCUUUGCCCACGGUCUGCCCGCCAUUCUUCAAGCUCAACGCCCAGAUACCGGAUUACGAUACAAGUCUUCUCCGCAUAGAAGGACUAGAGGUAAUGCAACUACGCAUGGUAGUUCCGGCAGAUGUCGAGUGCGCAGCAGAGGUCGAGGCGCCCUCCUUCGCCCGCGACGCAGACGGCGAUGUCUUCGAAAGCGGAGACAUAGUGCGUAAACGUGCAUUGGUACAACCUGACUGGUUCCGAGGUCAGAAGCGGAUCACAAUAAAGGCCGUCCUGCCAGGCGACGAGGGCCAGGGUGUUCUCAAGAUCUACGCUGGUAAGAAAGGAUUGAUGCACACGAGCCGCGACAUCCCUCAUCCCCUGGCCUUGGCUCUGCCAAUGCUUCACACUGGAGAGAAUCCGUCUUAUGAGUUCGUGCUUCGCCAUCCUACGCCCCACGCCCAACGUCACGACUUGUAUAUCAUGCAGCCGCAAUGCUCGCGUCUGGCGGUAAAUAAUACAUUUGUUUUCGCUAUCCGACAACACCCCGCUGCGCCCGGAUCUGCCAAAGAUGAGACGAUGUCCAAUGGUCGCGGGUCGCCAUCCUCCGUCUUCACUCGUCCAUCUAGUGCAUUGAGCAUGAUAUCCAGUACCGCAGGCGGGUCGACUGUCUCCGGGGCCUCGAAUGAGUUCUCAGCAUCGACAUCGGUCAUCUCAUCGUCCAAAUCCACUUCUGGUCGUGAUAAGGCAGCCAAACUGGCCAUCCAGUCUCCCUCUGGCAAGAUUCUCCGUCUCACCCGCAAGGCCGAGCAUAUGAUCGGCGGCGAUACGGGUACUGAAUCAGUCACUGAUGCUCCUGCCGAGGGAAGUGUAUGGGAAACCGUCAUUAAGAUCGGCGAGCGUGGUAUGUGGCGUGGCCUCGUACUUGCCGAUCGAGCUGCGCGAUGGUGUGUCUUCUGCGAAUGGGAAUGUGUUUGA